AUGACACAGAAAUGCCAACAGCGCGAAGGAAGAUAUGAUGCGCAGGAAAACCCGUACGGUGGUUGUGCCAGCUAUGGCACUGCCAACCCAUACGGCGGAAGUUACGACCAGCUGCAGCAACAGCUCAAUUCUCCUGCUCCCCUCCAGCGCCAUGGCGAGUUGAAUUACUCGCAGCCAUCGCAAUACUCGCAAGCUGGUGCCUUGGGCCCGUCCAACACGACUGCGCCAAACACCCCUCAUACAGACGUGCCUAUGAGCAGCUUGCCUGCGCAAGUCAACACUAUGGAGGCGCAUGGAUCCCAGCCUCUGAGCCGAGAUGACUUCUUUGCGCGCAUUGAAGGCGCGAAGGAGCGAAUCAGCCAGCUAAACUCUGAUAUCCAAGCUAUUGCCAGCAUCCACCAGCGCAUGCUUUCCUCGCCUGACAACUGCUCCAGUGCCGAACUCGAGGCGAUUGUAACCAGGACGCAGAUUAGGAAUACACAAAUGAAAGAUGAGAUUAAGUUCUUAGAAAGGGAUACUAUGCGUGAUCCUAACAAUAGAACAAAGAGGUCUCAGAUUGAGAUGAUUAAGAGAAUAUUUAAGAGCCAGCUCGAGGACUUGCAGAAGGAAGAGGCUGAUUAUUCUAAGAGAUACCGCGAAGCUAUUGGGAGGCAGUACCGCAUCAUCAACCCGGAUGCCACGGAUGCCGAGGUCGAAGAGGUGGCCAAUUCCGACUUGGGCGACGAGGGCAUCUUUACCCAGGCUCUCAAAUACAACCGUAGCGGUCAAGCGGCCAGUGUUCUCGGCGCGGUACAUGCGCGCCAUAACGACAUUCAGCGCAUCGAAAAGACCAUGAGCGAGCUUGCUUUACUAUUUACUCAACUAAACGAGCAAGUCACCUACCAAGACCUGCUAAUCGCAGAAGCAGAAGUCCAGACUGUGCAAGUAGAGGGCGAUAGCAAAGAAGCAAACCAACAGCUAGGCAAGGCCAUCAAGUCGGCCAAGCGGGCUAGAAGACGUAAAUGGUGCAUCUUACUGACCAUUGUCACAAUUCUUUGCGUGAUUGCUCUGAUUCUUGGAUUGUACUUUAAGCUGAAACCCAAAUAG